GCUCAGGGACUCCAGAGUGGGCGGCGGGCAGCUGUCAUCUUCUCUUCUUUCCUCGCAACUAUUUUUUCUUUUUUUUUUGAGAUGGAGUCUUGAUGUGUCACCCAGGCUAGAGUGCAAUGGUGCGAUCUCGGCUCACUGCAACUUCCAUCUCCCAGGAGCAGUUUCAGUCUCAACUUCAAAAGAACAAACACGCACUCAAAACAAAGGAAGACGGUCCUCGACUGCAGAGGAAGCAGGAAGCUGUCGGCCCAGCUCUGAGCCCAGCUGCUGGAGCCCCGAGCAGCGGCAUGGAGUCCGUGGCCCUGUAUAGCUUUCAGGCUACAGAGAGCGACGAGCUGGCCUUCAACAAGGGAGACACACUCAAGAUCCUGAACAUGGAGGAUGACCAGAACUGGUACAAGGCCGAGCUCCGGGGUGUCGAGGGGUUUAUUCCCAAGAACUACAUCCGCGUCAAGCCCCAUCCGUGGUACUCGGGCAGGAUUUCCCGGCAGCUGGCCGAAGAGAUUCUGAUGAAGCGGAACCAUCUGGGAGCCUUCCUGAUCCGGGAGAGCGAGAGCUCCCCAGGGGAGUUCUCUGUCUCUGUGAACUAUGGAGACCAGGUGCAGCACUUCAAGGUGUUGCGCGAGGCCUCGGGGAAGUACUUCCUGUGGGAGGAGAAGUUCAACUCCCUCAACGAGCUGGUCGACUUCUACCGCACCACCACCAUCGCCAAGAAGCGGCAGAUCUUCCUGCGAGACGAGGAGCCCUUGCUCAAGUCACCUGGGGCCUGCUUUGCCCAGGCCCAGUUUGACUUCUCAGCCCAGGACCCCUCGCAGCUCAGCUUCCGCCGUGGCGACAUCAUUGAGGUCCUGGAGCGCCCAGACCCCCACUGGUGGCGGGGUCGGUCCUGCGGGCGCGUUGGCUUCUUCCCACGGAGUUACGUGCAGCCCGUGCACCUGUGA